AUGGCUUCCGCAGCCGAUACCAAAAAGCUUCCUGAAGUCGACGAGACCAGUAAGCCAGACGACAUUCUCGAAGGUACCAUCGAAGAUGCGACCGAAUACUCCGACCGUUACUUCCGAAAACUUCGGUUCAAGAUCGACCUAUGGCUCCUCCCAUUGAUGUGGGUGUGCUAUGGCACGCAGCAAGCGGACAAGACAUCUCUCAGCGUCCAAGCUGUUUUCGGUCUGCGAGAAGAUACCGGUCUCGUGGGCGAACAAUUCAACUGGCUGAGCACGAUUUUCUACCUCUCCUAUCUCGUCUGCGAGUUCCCAGGAAACUGGUUGAUACAGAAGAGUCAUACCGGCAAGUUCCUGUCGGUUGUGAUGGUACUGUGGGGUGUCGUUGUUCUGUGCAUCGCCUUUGCUAAGAACUUUGCGCACCUCAUGAUCCUUCGAACGCUGCAGGGUGCUCUUGAGUGCACGAUCUCUCCGACCUUCAUGCUCAUUACCGGAGCAUGGUAUACUUCUCAGGAGCACACCCUGAGGUCUCUGAUUUGGGGCACAUCCAACGCCGGAAUGAACAUCAUCACCGGGCUUUGCAUGUAUGGAAUCGGAUUGCACGCUCAGAAAGACCCGGGUGGUUUGGCUGCAUGGAAGGGAAUUUCCUUAUUCCUCGGCGGCCUGACCAUCGCGUGUGGAAUCCUCGUUUGGUUUAUCCUCGGUACACCCCGCGAAGUCCGGUGGCUCAAUGAAGAAGAGAAGAAAGCCGCGAUGGCCCGCGUCAUCGUCAACCAGACAGGUUCUGAUCGUCAAAAGAGAUCCGAAUUCAAAUGGGACCAAGUGUGGUUGACAUUCAGGGAUCCUCAAACGUACUUCUUCUUCUUCGUUACCAUCAUCAAUGCCUUACCGAACGGAGCGAACACGACCUUUUCGAAACUGAUCUGGAAGUCAUUUGGGUUCACCCCGCUGGAGACGUUGCUGAAGGGCUCCACUCCUUACUACUGCGUGAGCAUUGUCUGGUUUCUAGUAGUUGGACUCGUCACGUUGAAGAAGCCGAAUCUCAGAUUCUUGAUGAUGAUGUUUUCUCUCGUACCAGCUUUCAGUGGCAUGAUGGCUCUGGCAUUUCUUCCCACGGAUUCUAUGAAAUGGACAAGAUGGGGAAUGUACAUCCUGCAGGUCUUUGGUUCCUUGCCAGGUCUCAUGAUCUGGACCUUCUUGCCCUCAAACGUUGCGGGAAGGACGAAGAAGACUGUCACAUCUACAGUGCUGUUCGUCGCCUAUUGUGUUGGUAACGCGGUGGGCGCCCAAAUGUUUGUGGCGUCUGACGCUCCAAAGUACAUUCGUGGUCUCACCGCUUGUGCUGUUCUCUACUGCGUUGAGUUCUGCAGCAUGGCUACCUGGCGUUUUUAUUACAUCUGGGAGAACAAGAGGCGGGACAGGCUUGUUCGCGAGCAAGGGAUUUCCAAAGAGGAGAGUGAGCGUCUUGGAAAGUUGAAUGCCGAGGCAGAUAUGACUGACAGAGAGAACAUUCACUUCAGAUACAAGUAUUAG